CUCAGAGGCCGCCAGUUGACUUGUUUGUGUAUAUUUGUGUAUUUUUAGUUUUAGUCAUUUUAAGUUUAAGCUUUUUAGUUAAAGUGUGCUGGAUAAGUUAUGGAAGUUACCACGGAAGUAUGCAGAUAUUGCCGGAGAGAUAUACCUGACUACAGCAUCCUAACCCAUGAAGCACAUUGCGAACGCGGCCACAGAUUAAAAAAUGGACAACUAUUAUCACCAGAACCAAGAUCACCAAGUCCUAUGAUUGAGGAGCCCUCAGAAUGCAGUGUUGUGUCCACACCUGGCGAUCUCGAAGUCACCACUUUGGCUUUGGAUCAAACUCCUUCUUGGCCGAGCGAUGUCCAAGACAAACCCAAACAAACAACAAACUCCAACGUCACUUAUAUACCAAUACAAAUGCCAAAUAAUGGCAAAUUUGACUCGUACAUAUACAAUUUAGACAAUGGACAAGGUCAACAAUAUCCUAAAUCUGAAACCCCAAACGAGGGUAAAACUAAGUUUGAUUUUUCACAUGACAACAUGGAUAAUUUUGACAAACCAAAACACGAAAAACAGAAUCUUACAAGUCCCUAUGGGGUUAAAAACAGUUGGCUCUAUCCAAAAAGGCAGUAUGAAACCAUUCCAGAACAGGAUUCAGCUUCUAACAAAAGUGGAAGUUCCAUUUUUGAUCCAGGGACAUCCAAAAGUGAACCGUCUACGAAGGAGAAAUUUGUCAACAGUUACGUAUGGGACAACAUACCUGAAACUGUUCUGAACUUCAAAUCAGAAAACAAGGAGGCAUCUCCUCCAGUUCCAUCAACUUUGAAAAAUCUUUUGGACGACAUCGAGUCUUUGCCAGACUUGGAAAGUAUUAAAAGUGGUACGUCUAAUAUCAAAUCACCUAAUGAUGAAAAAGAUUUGGAUUUAGAAAGUUUGAAGAGCGGAGCAACAGCUUCUACGUUAAAACUAGGAGAUGACUCACCACGAUUUAAGUACAAUAAUUUUAAAAAUCAACAAGACAUUGCAAAAUCUUCAGAUGUAAAAGAUCUUGAUGUAGAGAGUCUGAAAAGUGGAGCAACUGCUUCGACUUUGAAACUAGGAGACGAUUCACCACGAUUCAAGUAUAAUGGUUUUAAAUCUCUACAAGACACUACACAAUCUCCUGAACCAUCUGUGUCAAGUCUAAACUUCGGUCACUUGAAAUCCCCGGAUUCAGAAAGCGUGAAAAGUGAUGCAUCAACAUCAACAUUAAAACUUGGAGAUGAUGCCACAAAGUUCAACUUCAACCGUCUCAAAUCACAAGAUGAUUUUGAAGCGGAUUCUUUGAAAAGUGGACCCUCCACACCUUCGACUGUGUUUGAUUUGAGUCUGAACUCUCCGGAAGACCUAAAUUUGGAUAAAAACUCUGUUAAAAGUUCACCAGUUUUUGAUAAAGACUUGGACAGUCCAGGGACGGGCAGGAAAUUUGGUGCAGGAAAUGAUGGUUUUAAAUUUGGUCCCGAUUUGGGUUUUGGACAAACCAGGACGUCGCCUGGGAACUUGGUGGAUGGCACAUCUUCAAAUGGAGCAGAGGAAUGUUUGACUAGAAAAACUCCGGAGAAGGCACCGGGUGUAACUUGUCCAGAUUGUCAUCGCAUGCAAAAAGCAGGUGGUUUGCGUUAUCACUUAGACGAGGAAUGUCAGUUCAGGAGCAAACCUUGUCCUUUUUGUGAUGUACCCUAUAGAGCUAGAGAUCUUGAAUGUCACAUGGUGGUUUGUGGAACCAGAUCAGAGAAGUGUCCAGAUUGUGAGGAGAUGAUCAUGAUCAAGUACAAACACAUUCAUUUGGAAUCGAAUCACGGAUUUAUAAAACUAGAUGACGAACCUGACAAUACAUUCACAUGGACACCUCUACCUCGAUUACCUUUAAGGCCUCCGGAUUUAAUAAGGAAUAUACCUCUUAGUACUAAAGAUGAAGAUGCAAAAGCUUCAAUACCUUGUGAAUUUUGUGAAGAAGUGUUUCCAGCCUACAGACUCACCGUACACCAGCUCGGUUGUCGCCUGAAACAACAAACAAACGAAAAAACAUCAAAAUCACAACAAGCUGCACAAAAUUCUCCAACCACUACAAAAACAAACAAAACCACGUACGAUUACCCUGUCCAUUUAUCACCACCGCCAUCAACAACUAGUUCAACACCAGUUUCUAGGAAAAACAAAGCAAAAGCACCUCAACCACCUCAACCGAAAACAAUAUACCAUCACAUACCGACGAUAGUGGACGCUUUACCGAAGUAUUCACCAGAUGCACCAAGUACCUCCAGGGUGACUCCAAUUGUUCACCAUAUACCGACUGUGAUUCAACCUGCUCCGAGGAUUGGCAGGAGUAAUUUGGAUGUCAGGCCUCCAACGAGGUAUACGACUAGUGUACAUCAUAUACCGACGGUCGUGCAAACCAAGCCUAAAGUUCAUUACAUACCUACGGUUUUAGAAGGAUCGCCAAGGUACCAUUACGUGCAUACCAACGGUGUCGGUCCUAAAGAGCACUACAUACCGAUUACCCAGGAAACAUCAAAGCCUACCAAAAAAGCGACAAAAUCCAACAGUGCACCUUUGACGCCAAAUGGUUCACCUGGUAUCGAUGUCAUUAGUUUUGGGAACGUGUUGGAAGUUUCUGAUAAAUUCAAGAACGACUGGAAGAAUUUGGAGCAGAAGAUUAAAGAUAACAGCAAAGACGAUUUGCAUGUGAUUCCUUGUGAGUAUUGCAGCAAGAUGUUGAGGAUUGGAGAAGUGAUGAGCCAUCAGAUGUUGUGCUUCCUGCAGCAGUAGACGAUGAUAUUUGGAAAGGUGAUGUUAUAAAAAAUAUUUAUAUAUAAUAAAUUUAAUUUAUUUAUUAUGAAUGUGUACAUUAUUCAU